CUCGAGCCAGACUUGUUCUCUGAGAGGGAGAAUAUCGCUGUUCGUUCCAUACCACCAAGUUUCUUCUUUCCCCUCGUUUAGGGCCUUACACUCUUUUGCAUCACCACGUUCAUUCACAAACUUUAGUCACUCCUUUUCAGACUUACACACACUCUUUUUUACCCUGAAUCUGGAAUUCAUCAUGAAGGGACUCAUCCUCAGCACCGCUCUCGUCAGCGGAGCUAUGGCCGCGGCCGGCCCCUACAUGCCCUGCGGCGGCAAGGGAUUCACCGGCGAGACGACCUGCGUGUCCGGUUACACAUGCACAGUCCAGAACGAUUACUACAGCCAGUGCGUCCAAGGAAGCGCCGGCGGCGCCGUCAGCGCUCAGGCCCAGGCCACCACCAUGAAGACAUCGACGAGACGGUCUUGUAAGUCCAAAUCGGCUUACGCCAGCGACGUCGCGCCUCAUGUGCCCACGACGACUAGCUCGCCUUCUUCGACCUCGGCCCCGGUCGUUGCCGUUUCAUCACCCGCGAAGCCCGUUGACACCAAGCCAGCUUCGUUGACGUCUACUCACGCCGCCUCCAUCGUUAUACCGGCCAAGUCCUCUUCGGCUGCCCCCGUCAAGCCCUCGGCUACUUCAGCCAAGCCUUCUGCCGCUGAGGUGAAGCCUACCACCACGGCUGCCAAGCCCUCGACUACCGCUGCUUCCGUCACCACCAAGGCUACUUCGUCCUCGAAGACUGCCGCCCCUACCUCGGCGUCCGCCCCUGCUGCGUCCGCUUCUUCAACCCCCGUCAAGAGCGGAAAGUUCAAGUGGUUCGGUAUCAACCAGUCCGGUGCUGAGUUCGGUACCGGUGCUAUUCCCGGUGUCGUUGGCAAGGACUACAUCUUUCCCGACACCAACUCCAUCACGACACUCAUGAACGAUGGAUACACGACCUUCCGGGUCAGCUACCUCAUGGAGCGACUCGUUCCCAGCGGUCUCACUGGCUCAUUCGACGCAGCCUACCUCGCCGGCCUGACCAAGGCCAUUGAGCACAUCACCUCCUCCGGCGGCUACGCCGUUCUCGACGCCCACAACUACGGCCGCUUCCAGAACAACAUCAUCACCGACACCGCCGCCUUCAAGACCUACUUCACCAACCUGGCGACGCAGUUCAAGUCAAACGCCAAUGUCGUUUUCGACACCAACAACGAGUAUAACUCCAUGGACCAGGACCUCGUCUUGAAGCUCAACCAGGCCGCCAUUGACGGCAUCCGUGCCACUGGCUCCACGAACUGGAUCUGGGCCGAGGGUAACUCCUGGACCGGUGCCCACAGCUGGACGAGCGUCAACGACAACAUGAAGGGCCUGACGGACCCCCUCGACAAGACCGUCUACGAGAUGCACCAGUACCUCGACAGCGACAGCAGCGGUACUUCCGCCGACUGCGUUUCCGCCACCAUUGGCGUUGAGCGUGUCAAGGACGCCACCGCGUGGCUCCGCACCAACAAAAAGGUCGGUGUUCUCGGCGAGUUCGCUGGCGGCGCCAACGCUCAGUGCAAGGAGGCCGUCGCCGGUCUGCUCGACUACCUCCAGGAGAACAGCGACGUGUGGCAGGGAGCGGCAUUCUGGGCCGCGGGCGCGAUGUGGGGCUCGUAUAUGUUCUCCUUUGAGCCCGAGACGGGCACUGGAUACAACUACUACAACGAGUUGUUGAAGACCUACCAGUAGAAGGGGAGGCAUAACCGCUAUGCCUAUGGCCUAAGGAGGCAGCAUCAACUCAAAGAGAAGUUGAGUUUAAUUUCUUCUGUAUAAAGUAAAACGUUUUCAGAACACCCCAGAGCGGAUGGCUGGAUCUGUGGCUGAUGGCUUGAGAUGUCGCGAUGGCUUCAACCAUCCAAGGGUCGGGACACGUCGCGUGACCCGACUACAUUAUCAUAACGCCGAACGAUGGAAGACUCUAGCGCAGCCAGAUAUUUCAAUUCUUGUAUUUAACAAUUCAAUCAAUACCUGCGCUGACAGGCAAAUCAUUUCGGUGCCCAUUUGACGCCCCUUCUCAAUCCUCAUGAUCGGAUGCUCCCGGAUGUGGAAGGUGCUCACUCUCCCAGCUACAGUUCAAUGCCUCUAAGAAGUCUCCUUCAAGCUUUUCUAAGAUCAGCUAAAGUACC